CGGUUCAGGAGCCAGAGUAAGCGUUCUUGAAACAAUAUUUUCAUUCAGGCAAUAGAAAAUCAUAAAAUGCCUUACGCUAAUCAACCAACUGUAACACUUUCUCAAUUAACCGACGAAAAUAUUAAAUUUAUAAUUGAAGACACCGAUCUCAGGUAAAUUAACUCAUACAUUUAAGGGAAAAUUUAAAGUUAUGUAUCUACUAAUACAAAUAGCAAACUGAACUAGUUACAGACACUUCAGUUCACGAGACACAACCGCGACUUUCCUAGUCCUAGGCCUAGGCCUAGGCUAAUUUAACUAUUACUAAUUACUUAUUAAAUUCAUUACUAUCAGAUCCGAUAGACUGUCUUCUAUCUAAUUCUAAGUUUUUAAAAUUAUUUUCUACUUUUAAAUACUGAUACCGUACUGAUGUCAACUAGACCUAAUAAUAAAUAAAUACUUUGAAAAUUAAACUCAAGAGUAGACUGAGUUACCAGUAGUCAGUCAACCUCAGUUAGUUGAGUUUAGUUUGUGAUUGUGUGUGUAGGUCUCAGUGUAGGGCUAGAUUUAAGUUGUAGUUGUUAGUGUUAGUAUUGUUAGUCACUUUUACAAACUAUUUUUAGUCUUAUUAAUUAUUAUUAAUAUUAUUAUUACAAAUAUUAGUGUAGUGUAGGUAAAGAAAGGGUAUCUUCUUCAAAAUUUUAUGGGAAUCGGCACAGAAGAAUAAUCUGAGUUUUUGUUGGUGCUUUUUAUUGAUGAAAGGACUAUUUCAGUAUUUUAUCAUAAAAUUGUGAUAUUCAUCCACAUUGUCAGCAUGUUUACAUUAGUGGACAUCUUUGCCUACAUUUCCAUUGUAAUUUUUUAGGCAGUGUCUACACGUCCAGCGCGCCGGACAUCAUCUCCCGCACUAUUUGUCCGGCGACCAAGUCACAUGACCGCCGUAACAAAGUGGCGAGAGAUAUCUUGUCGGGUAGCCUUCUUCUUCUAUAUCUUAAGGGCCCACGAUCAAUUUAUUGAUCAUUUUGGCUCCUAUGCAUGUAGAUGGGAUUUGCAAUGUUUCUGUUCCUGGUGUUGUUACGUGACUGCGAAUGAUUCAAAACUAUUGUUAAUUUUAAAAUCUAUUUCUCUACCAAGUAAUGUACUGAGUAUCUUGAAUGCAAAUAAUAGAAAAAAACUUAAGUGAAAGUGGCUUGUAAACAUUUUUGUUUAGUUUGUUAUUUGAGUUUGUGCACCAGUAAUCCAUAAAAUAAAUUAGGGGCCAGUGUGGAGUAGGCAACCAAUAAAAGUAAAAGAUUUCAUUUUCAAUCGUUACAAAAUAUUUAAAAACUUCUCAUGAAACUACUGUUGCUGAUGAACAUGAUAAUAUAAAUAUAGUAUAAAAUAUUUUACAUUAAAAUGGGAGAAAAAAACAACGAUCCUAUCCCUGGUAAUGAUCCUCAAAUCAUAAUAUCGUCAAGCGACCACUCUACCACUAAACCACACAAGAUCUACCAAACUGUACUUCGUUCGGAAUUAUAGCGUGACAUACCGCCGGACGUAUAUCUUGCGCACUAUUUGUCCAGCGCGCCGGACGUGUAGACAUUUCGAAUUUUUUACCUUUUCAAUCGACCCCAGCCCAAUAUUAGAAAUUAAUACAAAAUUUUUUGAAGAAGCUCAAAAUAUAAUUAUGUCUUUUGUAUUAAUAUUAAAUCGUCCACUGCAUGAUAUAUUGAUGUAUAUGUGUGCCAGUUCUCAUUGAGGUAGGACAUGUCAGCCAUAAAUUGUUCGUCUAAGUAACCUGCAUUAUCGUAAGGUCACCCAAUAUUGACCACUCCCCCUUUUUAAUGACAUGCUAAUACUUAGUAAAUAUUCAAUUACUGCCAUUAUUUAUUCACAUCAAAAUAUUUGAUAACUACUGUUUUAGAGUGAACUUAUAAGGCAUAUAAAUAUAAACAAGAAUACUUUAAUUUGAAUUUGAAACUCAGAUAGAGUCUAUAUUAUAAAUCAUCAUAAAUUGCCUUGUGCAAAACGUGGUCAUGGGCAACGAUUCACAGUCACUUGCAUGUUCUAUACUAUUAUAGUAUUAUUCUCAUAGUUUCAUUAUUAGGAGAUUGCCAUGUGCAAACACUAUUAAAUCAUUGGUCAGGGAAAGCUUUAAUUAAUUAGUCAUGGGCAAAGUUGAAAGUUCAAAAUAAUUAGUCCCAAAACAGUAUUAUUUUUAUUUCUUAUUUGCCUUACAUAUUUGCCGUUUAAAAUAUAAAGCCUUAGACUUAGACAUAGUGAACAGUACAUCCAUCUCAUCUUUAUUAAAAUCAAUGAUAACAUUAGAUAGCUAGAUAAGUUAAAAAUAUAUUUAUAAUUGGAAGAUAGUGUUGAAUUUAAUUUAAUAUUAGAACUUUUAAUACCUAGCAUUAUUCCUAAACUAAAAGUUUUAUAAAAUGACUAGUUAAACAAGAGUUACACGAUCAGUGGAAUUGGGUCAAAAAAUGUGGAGGUGCAGUCCACACAUACUCUCAUUUAAAAACUCAGAGCUCAAAAAGUACUAAAUCUAGAACGUUAUUCUGGUUUCAUUUUUUUAAUUUGAAGUUUGCUUUAUAAAACUGUAAUAUUUUUAUCAUUUUUAUUUUUUUUACAGAAGUAUCUAGUAUUAGGCUUAAAGAAAAAUAUAAAUAAUUAAGUAAAAUAAUUAUGUUAUGAGACUAAUUAUAAAUAGUAGUUGUUAGUAGUAGUAAUAUUACUCAAAAGCCAUCAAUAAACAACUUUUCAUUAGUUUGUGAUGAGGAGGGAGGGUUUAAAAAUCUUCAAAAAUAUCUUAAUGUCAUUUAUAGAUGACCUCAAAAUAACAUUAGGCUUAAUUCAAUGAAAAAAAAUAAUAGUAAUAGGUCUUAAUUUUACAAUGGUGUCUUAGUAGUUGAUCUACCGAGUUUACAGUACUGAGUUUGUCAUUUGUUAUAGUACUUGUCUUUAACAAACCAUUUAUUUUUAUUAUUAGGAAGAAAUAAUAAAACAAACUUUUCAAAACUUCUAUCCACAGUGUCUCCAAUGCAAUUAGACGAGUAUGCAUAUCGGAAGUGCCAACAAUAGGUACAUUUCUGUAGAUUUAAGCAAUUUUAAAUGAAAUACUAUUAAAAAAAAACAUUAAAAAAAACAGGGUGCUUGUUUAAAAUUUAGGCAAUCCUCCAAAUUCCGGUCCCAAAUGUCAAAUAUUAAACCUUUUUUUAGAAAGUGCCAGUCCACCCAAUAAUGUUUGAUGUAAUUGUUUAUGUCUUCGAUUCUGAAUGAAUGGAGUUGUCUUGCUUUUAAUAAUAUAAAAUAAACAAUACUAUGGCCAGCAGACCGCAAACGCCAGUUCAUUUUUCAAAUAAUGUUUUGCCAGGAAACAUUCUGCAAACUUAUGACACAAUGCCAAAGGCACUAUAUGACAGCAUGCUUUGGUUAGAGUGGCUUGCUGAACACCAUCUCAUAGCUGUCCUUGUCCCAUGCCUUUAGUCCAAUGUGCCAAGUCACCCGAUGACUGAUGGAAAGGCCAUCCAUGCAAUACGACAUGCAGAAUACACACUGGGUCAUUUUUUGUAAACUGUGGGCUUAGCACACAGAAAAUUGUCAUGAUGAUAUUCUAUUGGGUUUACGAAGUGAAAUGCAAGCAUGUUAUGCUUUUCAGAAGCAAUGAAAGUUGGGACACCAUUAUAAACUACAAAAACUUUUACUGAAAUGAGUGUUAGAAUGGUUUCAAGUUUAACAUGGUGGAACAUGCCAUGGCCAGUUUCCAAGCUUUCCUGUAGUACUUAAACAUAAAAAAAACACGUUUUCUGACAGAACUGGUACUUGAAGUUGUUUAGCGCCUGUUAUCACAUUUGACCAUGAACUUGGUAAAACAUUAUUGCAUUUUACUAGUGUUUUGAAUUUGGGACCAGCGUUCGAAGGAAUGCCAAAAGUUAUUGUACAGUGUUUUAAAAUAGUUGAAGAUAUUUUUCAAAAUAUUUUUUUUUAUCAACACUUGAUGUUUUUAAAUUGGUUUUGGGAAUGCUAAAAAUGUAGCCAAUUCUUUUUAUAAUUUUUAAAUAUAAAUUCUAAGCAUGGGUAUAAUAAAUGUCCUGCUAGAAUGAGUAAAUUAAAGUCACUCUACCGGUAUCCUAAAUGAUUUGAGGAGAACUUAAAUAUCUUUAAAGUCACAAAUAUUGAAAUAUAUAGAAUUCAACUAGGCAAUUUGAUUAAUUAUAUCACAAGAGAAAUUCAAGUUAAAUUUUGCAUGAUUUUUUUUUCUCUACUAUUACAUUAAUUAUAGUACUUCAAUCAUACUCAAAGCAUUACAUUUUUUUUUUUAAUUACUCAAAUGAGAAAAUGUACCUCUUCAUUUAGACUUUUAAAAAAAACAUAAUGUUGAAAAUGUUUUAACGUUACACAUAAAAAGAAUUAUAUCAAGUUUUUAAACUUGUAAACCACUUACACCAUUGAAAAAACAAAACUUAUUAUAUGCUCAUUAUCUUUACCUGUAGACUAAAUAAUUGACACAAGAUGAUGUUUGGUUGAUUGACAUUCAGAUAACAAAUAUUCUAGUUCUACUGUUAUUGAAAAAAAAGUAUUAUUUAAUUUGUGCAAAUAGUGAUUAUUAAUUAUUUUUUUUUUUAAACGCAAUUUUGUAAAAUAAUCAUCACUACAUUUUAGUCAUUGAUUGAAAUUUGUGAGAAUAUCUUUUUUUUUCUCUUUUGUAUGUGUGUGUGUAAAAUCAAUAUUUUAGCUCCUAUGUAUUUAUUAAUUUCAUAUUUUAUGCUUUGAAUUGUAUAUUUUGUCAACUAAUUAUAUUUGUAAAUUUUAUUAUUCUUCAGCCAUUGACUGGGUCCAGAUUGAAGCCAAUUCAACGGUUUUAUUUGAUGAGUUUAUUUCCCAUAGGCUGGGGUUAAUUCCCUUGACAAGUGAAGAUGUUGUAGAAAGAAUGCAAUAUUCAAGGGUCAGUGCAAGAAUUAGAAAUCAAUGCAUUUUUUUCCUAAGUGAUAUAAUUAAAAAAAUAGCAGAAUUAAAAAACAAAUUGAUCAAAUAUGAUGUGAACAAUUUUUUUUUAUAUUUACAAUAUUUGAAAACCAUUGAAAAGAAUUCAAAAAUAAUUGUCCACCUCACUUAUUCCGCAAUCUAAGGGCCUGAAACAUUUCUAAUACAUAUUAACAAAAUACUAAAUUAUAUUUUAAAUUAUUUAUUGCAUCAUGCUUCACUUUUUUUUUUUACACCUUCUCUUCAGUCUUUUAAAAAUGUUAUAAUUUCUUUGUUAAAAAGUUUCAACUUAAUUGUUUGUGUGUAUUUAAAAAGCUUCACUGCAUUUUGAAAUUUCUUAUAUGUAUUCAGGACUGCACUUGUGAAGAAUUCUGUAAUGAUUGUGCAGUGGAGUUCACAUUAGAUGUAAAAUGUACUGAUGAUCAGACCCGUCAUGUCACCAGUGCUGACCUUGUUCCCAGUAACCCUAAAGUCAUACCAGUGAGUUUUACAAUAUUGCUUUCUUCUUUUUAUUUUUCUUCUUUUCUCUUUUUGGUAAUGAGGAUGUUUUAAUGAUAUUUCUAUUAGAUAAGGCACUUCUUAAUUGAAUAAAUUUGGUUUUAAAAACAUUCAUUCCGAAAUUUAUUGGCCUGGCUGUUUUUUUAAUACUUUUGUAUUUUCUUAAUUUUUUUUAAAAACUCAGCUGUUAAAUGUAUUUAUCUUAUAUCUGUCACUUUUUCUUGAUGGAUAUUAUUUUGAUUUGUUGAAGUGUACUGCCUACACAAAUUUAAAAUGUCUUUAGCUGAUGGCCUUAAAUCUGGUUCACUGAGAAGGCAUUUCUGCAUUAAAUCAGUGAGUAAAUGUUUUUGCGGUCCCCAUUCUUCUUUAUGUGAGCAGUAUGCCACAUUCUGCAUUGGUCUGACAGAUCUGCUCCUAAUGGUCUUUGUGGGCAUCAGGGAUAAUAUAUCCUGUAACAUUAUACCUGUGGAAAUAGAUGAAAUCGAGAACUGUUUAGCUAAAUAGAUAUAUAUUUUAAAAAAUCAAUACCGUUAUUUUCAUCUUGGUACAUUAUGAAGGUUGAAUGAACAGAAUUUUGGUAAAAAUUUGUAUACAUAUGUUUUUUUAACUGACUGCGAGAAAAUAUCUUUUUUUUUUUUUGUAGUUCUUUUUAUUACAUCAAGAUUCUUUUUUAAAGCUUUAAGAAUAAUGAAAUCAUUGUCAAGCAGUGGCUAAGCUUGCUGCGGUACUUUUUUUCAAUUUAAGUCACUAAUUUACAUUGCAAAUGACAAACAAAUAUACCCAAUGACCAGAUGAAUGCCUUCUCAGGUUGGAGGAUGUAGGAUGUGGAUAACUCUGGUGGUGGAUUGUUGGACGUCUUAAGUGUAUCAAAGUCUGUGCACUGACUCUCUAUAUAAAUCUUAGACCGAUUUCUUGUGACCUUCACCUUAUCAGCAUUAGGCAGCCAAUCACAACAUUUUGAAUGGGAUAAAAUGUGUUGUGAUACACAUUCUAGAACCUUAAAAAGUGUUGGGACAAAACAAAACAUUUUUUUAGGAAUCUUUGCUUCGUACAAGAAUUUUUGAAAAUUAUUUCAAAUAUCAUUUAAUAUUUAUGCUUUAAUCAUGUACAUUAAAUCUUUGACUCAUAACCUAAAGGCUUCUGCACUAAAUUGAUUUCUAAGUACAUUCUUAUGGAAAUGUAAUCAUUUACCUUCCAAAUAAAUUCUGUUGGCAUAGCCUGACCAACACGCCUUAAUGUGGUUAUCACUUCUGCAAGUGAUAUGACGGGCUCAUAGAUAAAAAUCCAGGCUCCACUGUCUUCAAAACUUGAUAAAAAAUUGGGUUGAUUGCAUCCAUUGGCUACAAUGUAAAUUUUUGUAUUUAUCAAAAUUUAGUGGUGUAAAAGAGCUUGACAAAGUAGUAUAUUGAAAUCUAAAUUGCAGUUAGCUGAUUAAUUAUUUUUACUUUUUUCUUGCAAGAUGGAGGUUGGUAAAUCAAAACUAUUCAUUGCAUCAAAUCAAAUAUACAAUUUAAUGUAGGAAAAUAAGUUUUAUUUUGCGCAUUCGAGACCUAAUUAGUCCGCCUGGGUUCUAAAUUACUAGUGCUAGUGGGCUAACUUAAGAUCAUCUCUUUUUUUUAAAAAUACCUGCCCGCCUAUCCUGUCAACUUAAGUGUCACUUAUGGCCCAAAUUUUCCAGGGGAAUAUUCCAUGAAAAUUUUAAUUUUUUUACUUGAAAAUAAAUUUCAAUGACCUGAAUAAAUGGCAAUGCAUUACUUUAACUUUUUGGAAAAGUGAAAUAGGCAAAGGACAGUGCCUAUAUUCUUUGCUUAAAAAAAUUAAAAAAUACAAACAUAAGAUAAAGUUCAUUGAUUAUUUCAUUGACAUAGGAGUAGUUGGCAGGUAAAAUUUUGAUAUGCAGGUGAAGGAUUGGGGGAAAAAAUAAUAUAAAAUGAUACUAAUGGCUAGUAAUACAAAAAGCAAAUGUGGCAAAACUAAGCAAAAUUGCUAAAAAUGCCCUUUAAAUUGGCUUUAAAUAAUGUAGUGUACUUAAAUGUCCACUUUAUUGAAAUACCUUUUCCAUGAUUGUCCAUGCUCAUGUUAACCUCAAGAAUAACAUCACAUUUAGUUAUUUUAAAUUCAGCCUGGUAGCGAUUGCUAAGAAUGUCUUGCGCUUGAACUUUUAGAGGGUUUAUUCUAAAAUCAUCCAGGUUCAAUCUGCAUAUGUUUCCAGCUAGCAUUAGUGGGACUGGCAGUAGAGUUGGCACCUGGUUCAAAUAAAAAAAAUACACAUGUGGUAGAUGAAAACUAUUCCAUUGAUAGUAAAUACAUUUUUAAAAUCUUAAAUAACUUUGAACACAAAGUUUCUUAGCAAAUUUUAAUGUUGUAUCAAUUAAUUCACUCAAGUCACUCCACAAAUAAAAUAUUUAUUUCUCUCGGGUCGUCAUGUCUUGCUUCAUCACAUGGUAAGGCACUACCUAUUUCUAUAUCAACAAAUUUAGUUUAACUUGCCUUAUCAAUAUUGGCCAGUGGUAUGCAGGACAGCACCACACUCCUGCACAAGUGUAACAGUGAUGGGCACGCAUUACUAAAUUGAGUUGUUACCCUUCUGCUGAUAGGAUUAAAGUACCUCAAACAGGCGCAUGUUGGACGCUCAAUACGUUGAAUCAGUGAAUCGCCCCACUGUUCAGUUGGCUGUGACAUCAAACAAAUUUAAAUGAUCAGUUUUUGACAAUCAAAGUCAUAUAUACAACCCCUGCGACUCCCUCCCUUUAAAUAAAUAAAAACUCCACCCCCCAUCCCUUAAUGUUAAAAAUUAAUAAAUUACUUAGUAUAAUGUUCAAUACGAGGAUGGCAUUAACUUCUUCAACCUCCCGAUUACACUGUCCCUUUAUGUACAAAUCAGUUCAGGGGUUAAAUAGACAGCAAAAUCAUUAUAUAUAUAUUUUUAUGUGAAAUAUAAUUAGUGGUUUGUACUUGGGUUUGUCUCCCAAAAUCCCACAAAAUUGUCCCAUUCCGGGAAAUUCUGGGUAAGCGCUGUUUGAAUUCAUUUUUCUUGGUUUUUUUUUUUUUUUAAAUUUCAGCUAAACAGAUUGUUACAAAUUUUUUCCUAGGUGUUCAUUUGUCAAACUACCUUUACAUUAUUUAGUUUUUGUUUAAAUUCUGGGUAAGGGAAAUUUGAAUUCAUUUUUUUUUGUUUUUUUUUUUUUUUAAAUUUCAGCUAAACAGAUUGUUACAAAUUUUUUCCUAGGUGUUCAUUUGUCAAACUACCUUUACAUUAUGUAGUUUUUGUUCUCAAAAGCAAUCUAGUAAGACAUGUACAUAUUCAUAUAUCAACAUUCCUAUUUGUUUUUAAUUGGAAACGAACCUUAUGUUACAAGUUGUUAGAAACAUAUUCUUGUAAAUAUUUAGAGGCUUAUUUGAAACUAGAAUUAGCCACCUGUAAAGAAUGCAAAACUCUGUUUUUUUCUACUGACAAAGUUUUUUUAACAAGCAUAUUUUUAGCUCAUUAUCCAUUACUAGGGACAAGCAGUGGAAAUUGAAAAACCUAGUAGCAAGUGACCAACCUCUCAAUUAACCUUAACAUUGUUUUUCAUUCAUAAUAAUAGACCAUAAAAAUGUAAAAAACAAAUAUAAAAAUCAACUCAUCAUAUUGUUUAAUUUAGUUUAUAAUGUAUUUUUAAUUAUAUUAAUUUUAUCCUGGGAUUUCCCGGGAUGAGGAAAACGUUAUUCCCAUUUUCCCAGGAUAAGCAAAACCCCCGUGAAAUGAGAAACCCUAGUUUUUACUUCUUUCUUCAUCUAAAUUGUGGCAACAUUUUUAAAAAAAUAAUUUUUCUUCAAAAAUAUUAUUAUUUUAAAUUGUGAUAAUGUUGCUUAAUUUUGUAGGUGACAUCCAGAUCCCGACAAGAAGCUAGUGAAUAUGAGGAAACUGAUGGUUAGUGUGUGUUUGUCUUCUCAUACGUUUGUUCCAGUAAAAACUGAUCUUGGUCACCAAUAAUGAUGGGGACAGACAGAAUUGACAAAUUAAGUUUGAUUACUUCUCUAUCUUUAAUUAAUGGAUUUCCUGAUUGAAAUUUGAGGGGCACCUUUUCUCUGGAUCACAAUUUAUACGAUUACACAUUUAUAUUACAAUAUAAAUAACAUGCGGACGUUACUUUCAUUUUAAAAUAAUACAUUUUAAACAGCAAUAAAUACGUUUAUGAGGCGUUGCAUUAAUCUUAAUAUCUUUCAGCUGGUUUUAAUUUUAAAUUUAUUUGUUUUAAAUCCAGCAGUAACUAUCAGUUAUUAAAGUUAUUAAGAAUUAUUGUGAUAUCUCUAUCUUAAAUUUUAGAAUACUAAUCUCAUGCUAUUAAAAGCCAGAAUUGUCACAGAAUCUUUUCGAGUUUGGCAUCCAGUCUGUUCACAAAUCAUUCAAUGUUGGUUUCACUAUGACUCUUUCCCCCCAGAUAUUCUUAUUGCUAAGCUGCGGAAAGGUCAAGAACUGAAAAUCAGAGCAUAUGCCAGAAAAGGCUUUGCCAAAGAACAUGCCAAAUGGAAUCCAACAGCUGGUGUAUCAUUUGAAUAUGACCCUGACAAUGCAUUGAGACACACAACCUACCCAAAACCUGAGGAAUGGUGAGUUGCAUCAGCAGAUGUCAUUUAGAACAGCAUUUCCAAAGCUUUAAAGUUUGGCGGACAGGUGGAAUGUAAACCUCAGACUGGUGCCAGUCCACGAACCACCAUUUGGGGAACGCUGAUCUAGAGUUGGUUUAGUUAGACAAAUGGUUAAUAUUUUAUUUCAUUUACCUUCUGUGAUCUUAAUUCUUCCUCAUCAUUUUAUUCUUUAGAUAUCAUUGUUGAGUUGUAUAUCUCAGAAGCAUAUGGAGUGAUUUUUGCUUUUUUUGGUCCAUGUGUGAUUUUAGUAUAUUAUUUUUGAAAACGUGUAAAAAUUUCCUAAGUAUAUUUAUGAGAUAAGAACUUGAGGAAUAAAGUACCUACGUUUAUGUAAAAUUAAUCUGAACUCUAGUUAAACAACUAAGAUUUGAAGGCUAAUUUUUGCUGCCUUUCAGUCAAGUAGAAAAUACUGAAUAAUAUUAUAUCUAUUAUUAAUUUAUUUAUUAUGUUCUUAUAUGCAUCUUGUGAAAAAAUAUGCAUAAUAUUUUUUUUAUUAGAAAAUUUGAAUAAAUUGUUUCUUAUUAAAAAGAUAUAUUACACACUUUAAAGAUCAAAUAUUUCAUUUCUUUAUUAUUUUCAACUCAACAGGCCAAAAAGUGAAUAUACAGAACUCACAGAAGACCAGAGUAAGGAUAGAAGAAUUAUUAAAAUGUUCAGUGAUAGUUCAGUGAUGUUUCAUUUAUUUUUAUGUCAGUACAUGCAUUAAUCUUGACUACCUGGGUGUAAAAAAACUAAUUAUAAAUGGAUAUUUUUGAAAGACAGCAUAAACAAAAAUAUAUAUAUUAUUGCAAUUUAAAUUAAAUGUAUUUUGUUAUUUUUUAAAUCUUUAUAAUUGCCUUACAGUACAGUGCUUAGAGUUGAAAACAUUUUACAGUGGUCUCUAUUUAUCGCCUAACAGCUGAGGCCCCUUUCGAUCUGAUGGGAAAACCAAACAAGUUCUACUUCAAUGUUGAAUCCAUUGGGACCUUGAAACCAGAGACCAUCCUCUUCUCCAGUCUUAGUGUUUUGAAAAAGAAACUUAGUGACCUCCAGACACAACUAAGCCAUGAGAUUAGUUCAGAUGCUUUAGCAAUCUAAUCAUAAACAUUUUAACACAUCUUCUUUUUUUUCACAUUUUCAAGGGCAUUGCUAAAUUUUUUAAAAACUUAAUAAAAAUCGUUAGACUAAAAUAGCUUCAUAUUGUUAAUCGUGCUACAUAAAAGGUUAGCCAUAAUAUAUUACUUAUUCCAAAAAUUCCAUUCUUAUGUCCCUGUCCAUUUGAAUCCUAUAUAUUUUUAUGUGACACCACCUACCUUUCCAAAAAAUAAUAAAACUGGCUUUCAUUUAUUUACUCAGUAAUAAAUACCUUAAGUGCCAUGGCUGCAUACAUUGCCAUAAUGUUUAAGCAAUUUAUUCAAGCAUUAAAAGUCUAUAGAUUUUGUCACUUGAGAUCUGAAAUAUUUGAAUCACCAUCAAAACUCUGCACUUUGGAGUUUAUCAUUUUUAAAAUAGGUCUUCCGACACAAGUCUUGAUAAAUAAAACAUUCAUUUAAAUUUAAACUAAUUCUUUAUUUUAAAAAUAAAGCAAUUUAAAUGUUUACUUCUAUUCUUGUUUUGAGAACAAAACUGCAACCAAAUUUGGUGAACGAAGUCACAGUAAAUAACAACAACAUCUAAGGUAAAUUUAUAAUUACAUGCCGGUAAUAAAAAAAGAGGUAAUAUAGAAUUUUUCACUACUUGGUAUCGAGCAAAAUAAUGGCUUAUAGUAAAGUAUAGCGUAAACAACAUGACAGGUUUCUAUCCUGCACAUCCCCCACCUUGAUUUUUUCCUCAUCUCACAAUUUUUUAUAAGCUGGUAACCCUAUAAUAUUAUAGAGGACUCCUAGCAUAUUUUUUUUCAUUUACAAAACCUAGUGUGAACUAAAAGACUUAGUGUUUUAAAAUAUCUGAAAUUUUACUGUCAGUAGGGCAGAAGAUGCCUGUAAUAAAAAAGCUGAUUAACAAUUAUAAUUAUAAACACACUGUGCUAGACAUCAUUAUUUGAAAUGUCAUCUAUGAUUAUGAAGGUUAUCAUGAUUAUUAAUACUUGUGCGGUUUAAUUGAAAUCUAUAAGCUUUUUGUGGUAUACAUUUUUUAAAAAUCUUUAAAAAUUUAUGUCAUGAGGUUGAUGUACUUUCAUGCUUUUAAUUUGAGCAGCUUUAGAUUAAAAAAAAACAACUGACAUGACUAAAAUUAAUGUUAGGUCUAAAUGAAUUUGAUCUCUUGUGAGCAUGUUAUAAUAUGUCUCAAAAGGGAUCAAUCAUCUCAUAUCUUGAACAUGUUGGUAACUCAUGAAAUAAAAUUGCUUUCCAAAUAACCAAAA